AUCUGAUUUAUCGUAAGCAUAAUUCUUAACCUCAAAAGAACAGUAUUACUCAGCUUCAGCCAUCUGCACCAGUAUACGUCGUCUUAUUCGAUCUUGAGCAUUUUGUCCAGGUUUCGCCCGUGCCACAAUGCCAGCCUGCAUCAGGGUGCAGGCUGCGUUCGUGGCGCGCUCCCAUUCGCGAGAUUGGCGCUGGCUCUGCUGCCCAAAGUCAGCUGGGCGCUCAACGAGUCCUUUUCUUCCCUUCCUUAACACCGUGACCCAACCCCAUGCGGAGGUUUUAACGUGACUGGCAAGCAUAUAUCGAACGGAGGACGUAUAUACAAUGGUAAGUUGCCGCCAAUGUAUACUUACGCCAGCUAACUGAAGUAUAUAGCCGCUGCGACAGCUAUAUCCCGACCCGAAGUCGACCCUAAGCGACGCAUCAAGCGAUGCAAAGGUCGAGUACGUUGUCCAAUUGCCAUUCGUGGCUCUGCUAACAGUACCAGCAUCAUCGCCGUACACGGCCUGAAUCCCCGAAGCAAAGAUGAUGCCGCCCAUGCGUGGGACACAUGGCGCACACCCGCGGGACGCGACGGCCACCUCUGGCUCCGCGACGAUCUACCCGAACACGUCCCUACGUCACGGAUCUUCUUGUACGAGUACAACGCAACGGCCGUGUACGGUAAGGAUAGGAGCACGUUCAUCGACAAGGCCAGCGCACUGCUAGAGGCAAUCAGGGCGGAGAGGGACGAGGCGGAAUCUCGUCCAAUCCUCCUGCUAGGCCACAGCAUGGGCGGACUGCUGAUCAAGCAAGCUCUAAUCAACGCGCACAAUAACCCCGACUACACUCCGAUCAAGAAUGCCACGACGGGGCUGGCAUUUUUCGCUACACCACACCACGGCGGGGACUGGAAGUUGGUAAGCCUGGGAGCCGUUGCAGCCAAGGUCGCAUCGACUUUGGGAUUUCAGAAAGGGGAUGACGUGCUGGAAACCCUCAAGACCGGAAACAUUUUCUCAGAUUUCAUGCAAGAGCAUUGGAGGCACCAGUUGGAGCGCUAUAGCAUUGUCUCUUUCUGGGGAAGUCUGGACAACGUAUGUUCAUAGUACGCGGGGCUUGGCAUGUGCUGACCGUCUGAUGCAGGUUGUUCCAAGAGAGAGCGCGCGGCUGGGUAUGCCGGGCGACCGAGAGAGGAUUGUGCAGCUGAACGCAGACCAUAGUGCAGUGUGCAAGUUCGGGCCGAGCCAGGCAGAUCAAGACAACUUCAAGCUAGUGCGAAGCAGCAUCAAAAGCCUCUACAAGAACGCACUCGAAAGUGGCACCACAAAUACGCCGUCUGAUACCUCAAAAAACUAUGUCCCAAGCUAUCCGGCUACGUCGAUAAUGCCAGUCAAAACAUUCGUCCAGCGACGGCAGCUUCGUGAUAAGAUCAGAGAACAACUUUGCCGUGAGCUGGACGUCGACAGACAAGGAGACACGAAAAAGGUCGGCGUGUAUGGGUUAGGGGGUGCAGGAAAAUCGCAGCUAGCUCUCAGUUAUCUUCAGCAGUACCGCGGCGAAUACGAUGCAACAUUCUGGAUUCAGGCUGGCCAGGCAACAUCAGUUGAACAAGACUUCCUGAGGAUCGCCCAUCAGCUCCCCGGCGGCAUGAAACUUGAGGGCCAACCAUCUGCAGAUGAAAUUAUUCUGGCGGUUCAUAGCUGGUUCAAUAGGAGGCCUGGAAAGUGGCUCUUCGUAUUUGAUGGCGCUGAUGAGCUAGACGAUAUGGAUGAUGUACACUUCGUUGACAUUGACCUCUACAUCCCUGGGUCCGCCCGUGCUCAUGUGAUAGUCACGAGCAGAAGCACAAUUGCGAGAGACCUGUCAACGUUCGAAGGAGUGGAAGUUUGCGAGCUUGAAGAUAUGCAGGCGAGGGAGCUCUUCUACAAGUGCUCUGGGCUCGACGGCUUGGCAUCAAAAUGGGCAGAGGAAAUUGGGAGGAUUGUGAGAGAGCUGGGAUAUUUAGCCUUGGCAAUCACGCUCGCAGGAUCGUAUGUGUCACACAAGCCAAGGUUAACAUCUCACCUAUAUGAGUAUCUCGAUGAGUACCGAAAGCAGCGAAAGCGGGUACUAGAGAUGAAGCCAACCAAGGUCGUCCACCACUAUGAUCAUAGUGUAAUGGCAACGUGGGAGAUGUCAUACGCAGCGGUUGGCGACAAGUUGCCAGCAGCAUGUCGACUAUUAACGCUACUAACCUUCCUCAACUACGAGGAUAUUUAUCUUGAACUCUUCGCUCAAAGGUCUCUAGCUGCCCGAUUCGUUUCUCGGUCCUGGUCAUGGUUGAUCCAAGAAGGCGAGGUCGACCUCCAUCUGCUUGAGGACUCCUUUGCGAUGUUGGAGAAGUAUUCGCUUCUUCAACGGCUACAAAACGGGCCUAAGUACUCCAUGCAUCGACUGGUGCAUGCCUGGGGCUACGACAGGCUUGUUGACCCGCAAAAUAUCAGUCUAUAUUGUAUUGCCGCAUCUAAGCUCUUAAUUGGAGCAGUUGCCAACACAAAAUAUUUCCGGACCACACCCCAGAGCAAGCUACGAUUAGCGCCACACAUACAGGCGAACUUCGAGAGAGCCAGCUGGUUGAUGAGAGGGGUUGAAGGAGACCGAAUAGACCUGGUUGAUGGGAUUGAAAUAUUAGCAAUCUUUUUAUCGAAGAUUGGACGCUGGUAUGAAGCGUUGCCACUGGAGACCGAGGUGUUGGAGAAAAGGAGACAGAUUCUUGGUGACGAGCACCUCGAUACAAUCUUCGCUAGAAGCAACGUUGCAUGUAUACUUGGCGACCAAGGAAAGCUCAAAGAAGCAGCAGCGAUGUACAAUGAGGUGUUGAUGAAAAGGAGACAAAUUCUUGGCGACGAGCACCUCGACACAAUCUUAGCUAUAAGCAACGUUGCACGUAUACUUGGCUACCAAGGCAAGCUCAAAGAAGCAGCAGCGAUGCAGAAUAAGGUGUUAGAGAAAAGAAGACAGAUCCUUGGCGACGAGCACCUUGAUACAAUUACAGCCAUAAAUGACCUAGCCACUACACUUGCCAACCAAGGCAAGCUCAAAGAAGCAACAGCGAUGUUCAAUGACGUAUUGGAGAAAAGGAGACAAAUCCUUAGCAAUGAGCACCUUGACACGAUUUCAACUAUGCACAACUUGGCUACUACACUUGGCCACCAAGGCAAGCUCGAAGAAGCAAUAAUGAUGCUUAAUGAGGUGUUAGAGAAAAAGAAACAGAUCCUUGGUGACGAGCACCCCAAUACACUUAUAGCCAUGAGCAACCUUGCUACGGCACUUGGCUGCCAAGGCAAGCUCAAAGAAGCAAUAGUAAUGCUUAAUAAGGUGUUAGAGAAACAGAGGCAGAUCCUUGGUGACAAGCACCCCGACACGAUCUUAGCCAUAAAUAAUCUUGCUGGUAUACUUAGUGAGUAUAACGCAUUGUGAGAAGAGAUACCAUAAGCUACUAAAUUAUUGAAGAUACUAGAGUAGAAGUAAUAUUAGAAUGAAUAAUAUAGCUAAUUUAUUUACAUACAACUAGUUGCCUA